AUACAAUAUGGCGGCCUGCAAAUGCUUUUCAAAAUUUGUAUUUUUUCGUGACUUCUUUAGACUUUCAGCAUUAACAAUGACGGUUUAUAGAAGAUCAAUGGCUGGACACAGCAAAUGGGCAAAUAUUAAGUUUAAAAAAAUGCACAGAGACAUUGCAAGAGCAAAGAUUUUGGGAAGGUUGCACAAAGAAAUUGUCGCUGCUGUUCGAGGUAAUAAUAUUGACGAAACAUAAUGCUGAAAUUUGCACUUUUACAGUCUUAAUAGUAUAUUUGCACAAUGUACAACAUAUUUAUUUUAUGAUAUUUUGCAUUAAAAAUUUACUUUAAAUUAUAAAAUAUAACUUCCUUAGUUUCCAUGUCAGACCUUCCAACUUACUUUGUGUCAUGAAAAUGAGUGAGAUUUAUAUGUUUGCGAUGUUACUCUGAGUGCAUAUCCACACCGGGCGAGCUUGAAAAAUAUGCCCGGUCACGGUGGGAUUCGAACCUACGACCUUUGGAACACUAGCCCAAUGCUCUUCCAACUGAGCUACGCGGUCAGGACGGUUCGAGUAAGUGAUAUUUCGGAACAGUAUCUAGUUCCUUCAAUACCAAUGUGUUCUUGUAAUAUGAAUUUCUUUCUGUGUUGGUGUUGUGUACUCGGGUGAAUAAUAUGUUUGCGAUGUUACUCUGAGUGCAUAUCCACACCGGGCGAGCUUGAAAAAUAUGCCCGGCCACGGUGGGAUUCGAACCUACGACCUUUGGAACACUAUUUUGUGAGAUUUAGUUAUUUCCUGUAAUCUGAGUCAUAUAGCCUGCCGACAGCGGGCUGGCGCCUGCCAUUGGAGGCGUUGACCUAGGGGGGUUCAAGGGCAUCCCCCCCCCCCCCGGAAAAUUUUUAAAUCUGGAGUCUCUGAAAUGCCAUUUCCUGCAUUUUGGGAGAAGAUUAAAAUAAUUCUAAAGGUACAAAAAUGGCAUUAAAAAAUCUCAAAAGUAACACUUUUUGGACAUCUGCAUGCAAUUAUAAGUUUCAUUUAUUUUUUAUUUCGUUAAUAUUGUUUAAAAAGUAAAAGACAUUCUAAAUUUAAAUGUUAAUGAGUUAUAGCUAGCGCGUAUGUGCUUUGUUGUAUUCAUAAGUAGCAGAUUUAGCUGCUUUUUAAUGCGUUAUCAUGCCCAGGCGCGAAUAAUGCUAAUUCAUCACACGAAAUUAAUAAGAUUAUAGUUUAUAUUUAAUAUUUUACAUAAAGCGUUGUCUGGGGAAAUCAUUAACUAAGUGUCAAUUUACUAAUUUGCGCAAUAGUGCAACUUAUGCAACACUAUACAUUACACAGCAACUGCUCGAAAAAUACUUUAUUUUAUAGCUAUUGAUUCAGCUAAAUAGAAAUAUUUGCUUGCAAGAGAAGUGUUAAAACAAAAGUUGGAUCGCUUCCUAUUUUUUCGCUUUUUUGCGUGAGAAAAUAGUGUUUAUGCGUGUGAGCGUGAGAAAUAUGUCAAAUGCGUGUGUCUCACGCAAAAUGCGUGAGAGUUGGAAGGUCUGCCAUGUAUUCUAUGUGAUUUGGGGCCAGACUGCAGAGUAUAUGGCAGUUGCACACCAGAGAUUUAUACUUCAAUUAAUUAGUGCACUCUUGAGCGCCAGAGGCGCAAGUCCGCUAGGGGGGUCCGGGGAAAAUUUUGAAAACUAGCCUCCCAGAAAUGCGAAAUCCUGCAAUUUGGGCAUUAAUUUCAUUUUCAAUUGACUUCAAAAGACCGGAGAUGUUCAUCAUGUUCUAACUUUUUUACAUGAACAAUAAAUCAGCCCAACAGUCUUCCUAACUGAUUUAAAAAACUCGUAACAAUAAAAACUGUGUAGUCUGCAUUGCGCAGUUUGCGCUUAAUUGUACACCAGUGCACCAGAAAUAUUUUGCUUGCACACCAGCGUACCAGAAAUAUGUUCCUGCACACCGGAGAUCUCGUCAAAAAACGCCAUACUCUGCAGUCUGGAUUUGGGGGUGGUUUCCAGCCAAUUCCAGGUUGGAAUCCGUGAAAAUUUUACGCCGGAGGUUAUGCCAAUAAGCCACUGACUGCUUACACCAGUACACUGGUCUUAUGACAGACAAGAAAGUUAUAAAGUUUUUACAUGUUGGAAGUUUCAUGUGCAAUACAAGGUGAAAUUGACUGCAGUCGAUACACUUAUUUCAAAUACAGAUCAAUCUCUCCAUAUUCAAAAAUCUUCACAAUAUUACACAAUUGGGCAUAUGUGGGGUAUUUGAUCAUCAAAUUGCAUCCCAACCCUGGGGGUUUUGAUUAGCAUUUUGGGUCCGAGUUUAAUAGGGCAAUUUGAACCAAUUGCAAUUGAUUGCAAAAUGGUGGGGUAUUUGACCAAUAUUUAUUGCCCGAUAGUGGGACAUUUGAUUGAAAAUUUGCUCAAAAAUCAAAUGCCCCACAUAUUCCCAUCUCCCCACCUCUGGAGCUUAACCAGGGGCACCGGAAGGACUGGAAAGUGGCGGGGGCAGAAUCUUGCAAAAGUCAUUCUAACCCUAAUUACGGAUUUUCACACAGAGUUAGCCCGUUGAUCAUCUUUGUCCUUCUGAAAUAACUCUAAUCAGUGCUUGAAAAAGCUUAAUAUGACAUUUAAAUAUACAAAUGUAAAUGUGAUAUUGAUAAUACAGAGAAAUAUCGAUAUUCUGAUAAUUUAAAAAUUGAAUAAUCGGCAUUUAUAAAAAAAGAUAAUUAUUGGUAUAUCAAUAUUCCACAACAGCCUACCUUGAAUGUUUUUAAAAGUUGAUGUAACUUUUUUUAUUCUAUAUUUUAUGAUACACUAAUUUAAUAGGUUACAGUAAAUUUGACAAAUGUACACUGAAAUUUGGGGGAAAUUUUUUUCAAUUCAUGGGAAUGUUGCAGACUGUCAUCAGUGAAUAUACACAAUUACUAUGUUUCAGAAAAUUCGAUACUGACUGUGACAAUACAUAGACCUAUAAUCCAUUAUUUUCAAAAGUGGUUCCCGAUGAGAUUUAAAAGAUUACUAAAUAUGCAUUAAAUAUUCACUUUUAGAGAGUGGCCCUGAUCCAACACUAAAUGGAAAACUGGAACAUUUGAUUGAGCGUGCAAAAGCAACAAAUAUGGCUAAAGAUAAAAUUGAAUCUGCUAUCAAGUCAGGUGUGAAGGUAGCUUAGUUAUUGCAACAAUUGAACCUUUAUGUUCACUUCUGUAAACAUAAACAUUAUUCAUAGUCCCAAAACCUAAAUCACUAGGACACGAUAAUUCGAAAUUUGUAGUCGUAUCUGACUGGUACUCCAAUGAUUUUCGCUGCGUACUUGAGCUGGUACAAACUUAAUACUCAAGGUGCACUUAGCAGGCCUUAAAAUAUCUUUUACAGGGUCGUCUGACAUAAUGUCCGCCAUUGUCCGGUGACGUUGAGUUUGGGUCGGACAUAUGUCUGAUGACCUUCAGUUCAGUUUUGACUCGGAAAUAAGUCCGAAUGACACCAAUGAAUAACGGUAAAUGUUGUAAAGAUAUUAAAUAAUUUGUUUCUUUCAUACUUAUUUCCACGCCAAAAUUAACUUGCUUGCCAGAACAGCAGUAUUAAAAAAGACUUCGAUUUCGACCAUUUCGCUCGCCGCCCCGCGCUCGACUACGUUAAAACAACAUUUCCAGUUCACCUUUUGUACAAUAUACUCUGAUUUGCCAUUUAACAUACAAGCCUCUAGUCCUGGACUAGGGUACAUUACGUCGGACAAAGCACGAGGUUGCAGUUCGGUCGGACACCAAUACACUCGGGUCGGACAAACAAUAAACCUCAGUUUCAUUUUGGUCGGACAGAAUGUCCGGUGGUUUCCACUCUACGUCGGACAAUUUCACGAAUGGGUCGGACAAUGUCCAUGACCGACCGAUAUUUUAAGGCCUGCUUAGUCUUUAAAAUGAAGUACAUAAAGUACAGGUUUCUAAAAGGUAUUCAUUCAGUAACCUGGAACUGCAAGUUAGAAUGAGAAAGAUGACAAUUACCCACACAAACACUAGAAUUGGCUCAAACAUUCCUUAGUCCCAUCGAUCAUGUCCCAUCAAUCCAGUCAGUCCGUAGUCCCAUCAAUCCAGUCAUAUUUCAUGCCAAGACAUGUCAGACGUACCUACUUACUGUGCUGUUACAUACACGGUUUUGAAUACCUUGGGUUUGGUAAGGUCCUAUGGUACAUGGUACCAGCAAAAUGCAAGGUGGAAAACAAAGAAGUACCUCCGAUACGUAAGUACGCGAUCUUUCGCACCCUGGCCUAAAUAUUGGUAUCAUUAUAUAUGCAGGCACUUUACAACUAUAGUUUAAUAUUAUUCUGAUAUUUCAGAGAACAACGAAAAAUUUGUUGUCUCGAGCGGGAUUCGAACUCGCAUCUUUCCAGACUGCCACUCUACCCAUUGAGCUACUGUACGUGUGAUUGCAUUGUGAAAGCAUUACAUUUAGUAUAACAUUAUACAAUGGUUAUACUAAAUGUUAUGCUUACUGUAGGUUCAAUGAAACUCAUUUUCGGAUUGAACUUUUCUUUUCUUCUCCGAUCAGUGACACUGUUCUGUAUUCUCACGACAAACUACGAGUAUGAUGCAAAUAGUCCGUUUUCCCGAUUAUGUUACGACGACUGCGUCCAAACGGACGCAGUUUUUAACUAGAGGCCGGACGCGGGCGCUUUGGAAGCAGGACGUAGGCAGAGCAGACCAGGGCGCUAUAGGUGCCCUGGAGCAGACGCAAGACGCGGGCGUCAUGGAGGCCGGACGCGGGCGCUCUGGAGGUAAGACGCAGGCAGAGUGGACGCAAGACGUGGGCGCUCUGGAGGCAGGACGCGGGGUUAAUAAGUUAUUUCUUGGCAGUACUGUAUCAAGUCAACGGGGAUUGGCAGUCACUCGAUAGUUCAAUGGAUAUAACGGCGGUCUAGAGACCCGAAGAUGCGAAUUCGAAUCCUGCUGGAGACAAAUAAUUUUUUGCUGUACCCUGCAGUGUCAGAAUAAUAUGAAACUUGUUUUGUAUAUCUCUGAGGUUUCUCUGAGGAUGGUUUGAAAUAUAAUUGAAAUACUAUACUACUUGUGUACAAUUAGUAAAAGUAUUCUUCCGUCAAUCUUCGUUUGAAACGUAAUCUUUUUUCAUCAUCAAUGGACCUAUUACCUAAUGAACAAAAUUUUGAUCAAGACAAGUCUAGACAAAAAUUUCAUCACAGCUUGAAAGAGCAUCACAAAAUUAGUAAUAUUCCGAAGUUUCGUUGCGAAAUGUUGCAAAAUGCGGAUAAUAUAGCUCUGCGAAGUUUGCCGUUUUUCAGUCAUUUUGUAUUACGCGCGGGAAAUUGAUACCGCUUUCUGAAAAACGGUAUCAAUUUCCCGUGCGUAAUACAAAAUGACUAAAAAACGGCAAACUUCACAGGGCCAUAUUACUGAGGGGCUGUUCAUAUGAUCCCACUUACCGAGACGUCUUGCCUAGCGAGACGAAUAUUUCCGUGCGUUCAUAUGGAGUAUUUCGUCCCGCUUGCUGAGAUGAAAUUACAAUGUCGUUCUAUAAUUAGCGUAUGCAAAACUUCUACAUUUCAGUCAAACGACACAAAUUUUUAGCGAUUUUAGUGUUUUUCUUCGUUUAUUUACAAGAAAAAGUAUUGCUUUAGCUGCAUAUUUAAUACUUGUUUACAAAACAAACAUAAAACUAAGGAAAAAGUGUUAAAUUAAACGGCAAGACUUGUUUGACUUCAUCCCGGUAAGCGGGCUGGCGUGUUCAUAUGGAAAAUUUUUCAUCCCGCCUACCUAUGAUCUCGGCAAAUUCAAGCGAGAUCUCGGCAAGCGGGCCAGCUCGCUUUCUCAUAUGAACACAAUGCAAAAUUUUGUAGGAAAAUAACUAGGCGGGGAGAUCAUCGGUAAGCGAGACGUCCUGGUAAGCGGGAUCAUAUGAACAGGCCCUAAUUUUGUGAUGUUCUUUCAAGCUGUGAUGAAAUGUUUGUCUAGACUUCUCUAGAUCAAAACUUUGUUCAUUAGGCCGGAUAGGUCCAUUGAUUCGUUGUUCAACAAAAGAAGUAAAACAUCUUUUCUUUCUCUUUAGGAACAGGCAUGCCUGUUUCUUUAUAGGUGCAUAUUUUUUACUUUUAUAAAUUAUAAAAAGAACAUUCCAUUUAACGAAUCUAUCGAUUUUUCAAAACGCCAGAUCAUCACUGGUGCAAGUCCAGAUACUGUACAAUUUUUGGACGAUUUUAUCAGACUAUUAUUGGGCAUUAUUGAAUUCAAUAUUUCUCCAUUACUUUUUUCAGAACACGGGCGAGGUCAGCCAUAAUUUAUUGAUAGAAGGUCAUGGACCAGGAGGAUGUGGAAUAUUGGUCGACACAUUAACAUCAAACAAAAUCCGAACUAGAACAGAGAUAAAAACCCUGUUUGCCAGAAAUGGGUAAUUGUAUAUACUGUAUUCGUGUACUAAGUAUUACAGUCGUGCCAAUAGAAGCGUUCCGAAAAAUGUUGAUCAGUUCAUUUCCUAACUUCGAGGAGUUCCUCUGAACAAUUCCUCAACAAUUUGAUAAGUUCCUUUAAAAGUUCCUAACUUCCUGUUUCAUUGACCAAUCAGAUUGCUCAAAAAUAAAAUAUAAAAUUUGAUUGGUCAAUGAAACAGGAAGAAAGGAACUUUUAACGAACUUAUCAAAUUGUUGAGGAAUUGUUCAGAGGAACUCCUCGAAGUUAGGAAAUGAACUGAUCAACAUUUUUCGGAACGCUUCUUAUUGGCACGACUGUAACUGCUACAGCUAGAGUGCGUGUUGUAUGUAUGAGAGAGCUGCACGCAUACUUACUGAUAGUGUAGCUACAUGUUUAAGAGGAGAUUUUUUUGUAUGUUACGUAACACGCGCUCAAAACUAAUGCGUAUAAUAUACCACUUGACUCUUGAGGUUAUGACUAUAUAAAUUCAAAAUUUUUAUUUUUCGAUACGUUUCUCAAUUGGCAAACAAACUUAAAAAGUAUGUUUAGUGCUGUAUCUGUAAAAUAAUGCUAAAAUGAAGAGAUUUUAGACUACGCCAAAGAGAAAAUGAUGUCUGAAGUUCAGUAAGUUUUGCUUAUAUUGGCUGUAAAUAUGGCGUCAAUUUUAAAGCAUUAUUGAUAAUUGUAUUUUAAUUGACAAUUUUUAACUAUUAUUUUAUGUUUCUCAACCUGCAGAUGCAUUUAAAAAGGUUGCUAGCUCUAUACAGUAGAGAAUAAAGCUAAAACAAAGUAAUUUUGAGAGGAACGCCAAAAAGAUUUUAGGUUUUGAACACUUUUCAUUGCAAAUACGUGACAUUGAAAAAAAUUGCCUCUUAAUAGUCUCGAACGGUCUGUACCAGUGUAGGUUGCGACGAUAACGCGACCCUUCGCUCGAAACGUCUUUUUCAAAUAGUUGUAUUUCUCUCAAUCCGCAGCUGUCUAGCUACCAGGCCUCGAGUUUCCCUGAAAUCAAUCGACGGCAAUCGACGGCAAUGGCGUUAACAGCUGUCUACGGCAAUUUUGGCAGUUUCCACGGCAUUUUUUAAUAAAAAUUUAAGUUUAUUGUUACUUUGGAUUGUUGACAAGCUAGAAACACGUUUACGUAUUUCUUUAAAUGUUUGUUUUUUUUCUCGAAGAAAACUGAGACUAAAAUAGUAAUUUACGCAUGAUUUGAUCAACAUCUGAAUUCAAGUAUCAAAAUAGUAAAGCACAGUGAAGUAGUAUAAAAAUUACACUAUAUGGCAAAAAAUUGCCGUCGUUGCCGCAAUAUAAUUCACGGCAUUUUGUUCUCCCUCUACGGCAAUUGCAGCGAUAAAAUUCAAGCCCUGCUAGCUACACGAUUAAACAACUUGCUUUAUUAUUCAUAAAAGAAAAACUAUGGGUUACAGAGACGUGAAAUUCAAAUUUUGCAUGAUUUUGUGCAUGUCACUACAUCCGGCGUAUUUCUACGGCACUUCAGCUAUUUUAUAGUCAACGACAAAUACAAUUAUUUCUUUCUCACAAUAUUUUCUUUCUCAGGGGACAUGUUGGCGAUGAGGGCUCUGUUUCUUUUAUGUAUGAACACAAAGGUACUAUUUCAUAAAGUAUGCCGCAAAUGAUCUGUACUGUUAAUUUCAAGGAGUUCUUUUAACUCCACCUGCAGAAUAGUCUCCCUCGCAUGAACCGCCAGUUGUGUACGUUCUCUCUCCCCCCAUGAAGGUAAGCAGACGUUAGUGGGAGAGACUACGGGGUGAGCACACUUGCGUCUGCGAGGCUACCCGCAGAGUUGAAACUAACAUCUUGGAGGUAUAUCUUGGAGUUAUAUCUAAUCUACUUUGCUAUGUAUUCCAAAAUGUACUCCACUGGAGUCAAUUUAACUCCACUGAAGGAGUAAAUAUAACUAUAGCAAAAGAGUAAAAAUAACGGUCGGGAGUAAAUUUUACUCCAUCUUGUCACUCCAGGAGUUGUUUUAAUUCCCAUAUUUGCAGUAGGAGUUUGUUCUCAGCCGGAGUAAUUUGACUCGACCAUUACAGACGCAAGAGAAAAGGCGAUUUGAAUAUUUGAGCACAUGUUACAUUUUCUAGAGGAAGAGGUUAUUUCGCUGGCCCCUGACAAAACGUAACAAAGCAACGAUUUUACUAACACAAACCCUAUUCCAAACUCUAACCCUAACUUAACCCUACUUCAAGUUUGUUUCUAAACCAAUUUUGAAGAAAAACGUUUUGACGAAAUGUCAUUCUGAGGUAAAAACGUUUUGACGAGAUGUCAUUCUGAGGUCAGCGAAAUAACUUCUUCCUUAGACAUGGCAACCCGUCCCCAUUUUAUAUGGGCAGGCAGGACCAGGAGUCCUCUUCAGUUUAAUCCGUGCAUGCCAGUUGCUCUUAGCAACCCAUUACAAAUGGAGAAGGCAUUUAUUAUAAAAUGCUGAUUUGACCUGGGCGCUCAGAUGAUCGUCAAUGUCUUCUCAUUUAAAUUUUCAAUGCUCUUUCAUUCAGGGAUAAUAAAUAUAGAAAAUAUCUGGGUUUCAUCGGAGAUUGACGAAAAUGAAGAUCUUAUAAACAAGGUAUAUAUAAAGUGCCAACUAAAUAUAUACAAGCAAAGAUUACAAGUUGUUGCGGCAUACUUUUGUUCAUUUCUUUAUUGAUUGCGCGAGGUACAGAAUCAUAUACAAACAAAAAUUAUUUAUCUAAAGUUUCAAUAUUGUUUUUCAAUGUUCUUUUCUUUAUCUUCUGCUGACGUAUAAUAUAAUUACCUGCAUGACCGCGCGAAAAUCAAUAAUGCACUUAUAAGUUACAAAGUUUAUUUUUCCAUGCACUUGAGUUAUCAGAACAAAUCUGAGAACCUAUAUGAGGCAAUUGAUAAAAGGAUCUAAUAGUGCGAAUAGUCGGUGAAUAAUCGCGAAUAAUGAGAAUAGUCGACGCAUCCAUGUGAACCACGAUAUGAACUUAACUAUCUGUUCUUUGCUAACUUUCACUUGUUUAAAUAGUUCUUUUAAGAUUGUACAAAAAUACACGAACCAAAACAAUGGGUUAAAUUUAACCCAGAGAUAGCACUAACCGAGCUUUGGACAACCCACUCCCCAGUGGUGGAGUGGCAUCGGCUAACUGACCCCAUCACCAAAAACGUUUGCCGUUCUCUUCUCGUGCGCGAGAAAUAGUGCGCACAAGUUGAUCUGUAAAGUUACGCGAACUUUCUCUUGUAGCUUAUUCAAGCAAUAAAAUUAGAGAAAAUGUAAAGAACAAUUAUUAUAAUUUACCACUUUUGCAUAGGCGGAGGAGUUAGCCAUUGAUGUUGGUGCUGAAGAUGUACAGUUUGGAAAUACUGCUGAUAACUCAAGAUUUGUACAGGUAUCACUACUGCAUGUAUCUUGUUUUCUGACGUGGUUUCUGCAACAUAAAAGUGAUUAUGAAACAAUUCUUUUUUAUUUUGAGACAUUUUGCACGUUUUUUUUUAGUUUGCAAAUAAUCAGAGGCUAACAUUUCCGACUAAAUGUUACUCUGCAUGGGUGCAGAGGUUUUCUGGUGUCAGGCGUGCUAAGCGAGAAACUCCCUGAUCCAGGGUAAUCAAUGCUAAAUUGGUCGGACAUUUUGUUCGGACAAAAGUACUGGAGCAAUCAGUUUUCUUGAAAGAAUGAUUUAAUCAAACAAUGCACAAGAUCAGCCCACAAUUGUUAAAGCAUUUAACUAUACUGCAUGUAUAUACAUAUAAUUUUGGUCGGACAUUUUUUCUGGACAACUUCUGAACGUUAUUUCAGGCUCUGAUAAAAAGUCUGCUUCCUAUAGUAAUAACUACGUCGUUGACUCGCCAUGCAAGCUAAAGCAUGCUGUGAUUAGCCGCUGGAUUGAAAUGUGCAUUAAGUGCUAGAGUUGACGAACCAGUAUGAAUUGGUCGACAAAUUUUUGUUUGAGUUACAGUUCAUGCAUGGCUGAAGCUUUUUCAAUGGUCUCUGUCUAAUAUUAUGACUGAAUUUUUUUUUAGUUUAUAUGUGCGCCCAGUGACUUAAUACAAGUCUCCAAUGAGCUGACGAAAGAAAAUUCCUGCACUCUUCUUUCUGCCAACCUGGAGUACCUACCUCAGACUCUCAUAGAACUGAAUGAAAAUCAACUUGAAAAGGUACAUAGACUGCUUGAAAGAAUUAAUGAACAUGAAGAUGUCAUAAAAACCUAUGACAAUAUUCAGAAUUAUCCUAUUGAAACUUAUGAAUAUUCAUAAACUACAGUGAGUUGGCAUCAUCCAAGAAUACAAUCGCUGUAGUACCGUUAGCAAGAGCUAAUCGUUCCAGACCUGGAAAAGGUAGCCUACUACAGGAUCGUAAGAAACAUUCGUCUUAGCAACAAGACUGAGGAACAUUUUCACACGUUCUAAAUUUCAGUGCGUGUACCCUAGAAUAGCCAAAUGUCCGGUUGCAAUUAUAUGCUCGCCAACAAUAGACUAUGCCUGUGGUUGCAUGCUCUAUGUAAUACGACCAGAGACUCUUGGGGAAUUUAAAGUUGUAUUUUGACACCAUGAAAUACGGUUGCUACUAUACACCUAUAUAUAAAACUAUUAAAACAUUUAAUAUAUAUAUAUAUAAAACAUCACGGAUCACUUUUUCCACAAUGUUUGUCUUAUUUUAAAUAUCAUGACAUCUUGUGUUAUUUUUUAUCUCAUUAACAGUUGUUUUAAUGACAUCGAAUAUUUGAAAUAGUGACUGAAGUAUAAUUUUUAGCUUAUGGCCAUUGGCGAUCUGGAUAAAAUUUUUGUUCUACACUCUAAAAACACUAUGGCUAAUUUUUCCUGGUUAACCUAGAAAUAACCCUAUUUGGUUGAACUUAAUAUUCUUGGUUAAAUUUCCUGGUUACUUUAUUUCUGACCAGGACGUCCUGGUCAAAUAUAACCAGAUUCCCCUGGUUACAUUAACCAGUAAAUUUAACCAGGAAUGUUAAAUUAACCCAAAUAACUGGAUGUCGUUAGAGAGUAUAUUUUGCUUCAUGUUGAUGCAAACCUACGGAAUUGAAUUACAAUAAAUCAUUGUGACGUAUUUGAAACUAUAUAUAUAUACAUAUUUACAUCCAGUCAUUGAACUGGAACGCUUCCUCCAACCGGAAAUUUGAAGCCAAACUUGAAAGCCAGUCCCAGUCUUUUCACCCAUGCGAAGAGCGCCCAAUUAAUCAAUCAUGACAUAAACACGCAUGAUCUGACCUCCAGACACGCGUGUCACAGAUUUAGCUUCAAGAAAAGGUAGCGUUCCAGUUAUAUAUUCAUUUCAGUGCAUCCAGUAUAUAUAUUAGCAGCAACUGCUGAGCAGUACAACAAAUAACAUCUUUCUCUGCAUGAGACAAAUAUACACCGUUCUUGUUCAAUCUCAUUGUUUAUACAUCCGAUGUUCACUUCUAGCGACCGCGCUAACACUGACAGGACCUUCCAAUUCGUUUGGUGUGCUGUAAGGUAGCUAAUGUAUUCACUGACACUAUGUAUGCAUCUAUAUACGCUUCAUAUUUCUUCAAAUAGUCUAUGUCUAUAUACAAAGUCAAUGAUUAGGGAAGAUUUGUUUUCUACCUGCAUGAAUUGUAGCUGGUGAAUUGGGUUAGAAAAAUUUCCUUGAAACCUGACGAGCACUUUUUGCUCGUUGUUUUGCCGUGAACAUCUUUUUAGAAGGUUCUUCGUCUCUUUCAUUUUGAGUGACAUUUAUCUUGUCCAUAGUUUGUUGCAAAACGCUUGUCUUCACUUCUUCCCACAGACAUUGUUGGCGAAAUGUGUAGUACAAUGUAUCGUCGUCUGGAUAA